AUGCCCUGGAGCGAUCGUCAGUUCACUGCCAUGAUGGACUCGUCGCCUGGCUACGAGAAGACGGUCGGCGGCGCCACAACAACCGAUAUGGAGAUGUGGCCAGGCCAGAGGAAUGUCGCGCCCGCCGCCCCUGAGGAGAUCAAGCGGAAUCUCCAGUCGCGGCAUAUCACUAUGAUCGCCAUCGCGGGCAUGAUCGGAACGGGGCUCUUCCUCACCUCAGGCCAGGUCAUUGCGACCGCUGGCCCCGCGGGCGCGUUCCUGGCGUAUAUCGUCAUGGGCCUCGUCACGGCUGGAGUCGCGUACACGACUGGCGAGAUCACGGCGUUUAUGCCGACGACUGGGGGCUUUAUUCGGCAUGCGACCAAGUUUGUUGAGCCUGCGCUUGGGGCGGCGACGGGGUGGAAUUUCUGGUAUACGAUGUCGAUUACGGCGCCCACGGAGAUCACUGCCGCGGCGACUCUGAUUGAGUUCUGGCAGGUGGAUGUGAAUAUGGCUGUUUGGAUCACCGUCUUUGGUGUUUUCAUUGUGGCCGUCAACUUCUGCGAUGUCCGCGUAUAUGGAGAGUCAGAAGUGUUCUUCUCCACGCUCAAGAUCAUGCUCAUCGUCGGCCUGAUCAUCGGCGGCAUCGUCAUCAACGCCGGCGGCGGCCCUAACCACGAAUACCUGGGGUUCCGAUACUGGCGAGACCCCGGCGCAUUCAAGGCGUAUAUCGAGACGGGAUCGGCAGGCCGAUUCCUCGCCUUCUGGAAAGUCCUUUUAACGUCUGCCUUUAGUUAUGGCAAUAUCCAGGUCGUGGCCAUAUCUGGCUCGGAGACGCGGAACCCGCGCAAGAUCAUCCCCAGUGCGACUAGGAAGACCUUCUUGCGCGUUUUCGUCUUCUAUGUCUUGAGCAUCUUCAUCAUUGGUCUUAUCGUCCGGUCCGACGACCAAGCCCUCAACAACGACACAGGAACCGCCCAGCAAUCCCCCUUCGUGCUCGCCUUCGACCGCGCCGGCGUCGCCGUCCUCCCGCACAUCAUCAACGCCGUGGUAUGCACGUCGGCCAUAAGCAGCGCAUCGGGGUGCAUCUUCAUCGCCUCCCGCACCCUCUACGGCCUCAGCCGCGACGGCCACGCACCCCGGCUCUUCCAGCGGUGCAACCGGUUCGGGACGCCGUAUCUGGCUGUGGGACUGUCGUGCAUCUUGAUGCCGCUGGCGUAUAUGGUGCUGGGGGAUAGCAGGGCUGCGACGGUGUUUCAGUGGUUUGUGAAUAUCACGACGGUGGCCGGGCUGAUUGGGUGGGUUGUUAUUGAGGUUACGUAUUUGAGGUUCUUUGCUGGGUUGAAGGUGCAGGGGUUUGAUAGACGGAGACUGCCUAGCCGGAAUUUCUUGCAGCCCUAUGUGGCGUGGGCGACGCUGUUCAUGGUGGUGAUGGUUAUCUUGUUUUCUGGCUUCGAUGUCUUUACGACCGGCAAUUUCACGGCCGCUGGGUUCCUGACGUCCUAUCUGAACAUUGCCAUCUUUGCUGGACUAUACAUCUUCUUCAAAAUCUCCCUCAAGUCCAAGGUAGUCUCCCUGAAGGAAAUCGACUUCCAAUCCGAGUUUGACGCCAUCGAGAAUGAGAAGCUGUCAGGGGAGUACGUGCCAGAGAGCAACCAGCCGUGGUGGAAGCGGUUCAUUCACUGGGUUUAG